CGCGCCACGCGGAUAUUGCUGUCUUGGGUAGUAGUGGUGCGCGAGCUACGUAGCCACCGGUCCCUUCCGCUUCACAGGCUUAUCGCGCGCCAAACCCGAGACAACAGGGAGCAAAGAGAAACUAGAGGAGACAAUAUAGGAAGAGGAACUGUGCUCUCCUCAACGAGUCUUCUUCUUUAAGAUUCACUUUCUGCCGGUGGCGCCCCCUGCUGUUGAGGCUGUGGUAUGAGCCUAUUUGGCAGGAAGGCGCUGACUUUGCUGAGCAGCGUGUUCGCUGUUUGCGCCCUCGGCCUGCUGGGGAUCGCUGUAAGCACCGACUACUGGCUGUACCUGGAGGAGGGCGUCAUCUUGCCCCUCAACCAGAGCACCGAAGUACGCAUGUCCCUCCACUCGGGCCUCUGGAGGGUUUGCUUCUUGGCUGGUGAGGAGAAAGGCCGGUGUUUUACUAUAGAGUAUGUGAUGCCCACUAACCUCCAGAUAACCUCUGAUUCAACGAUCAGUGUCCUGAAGAUGAUCCGAUCGUCCACACCCUUUCCUCUGGUCAGCCUCUUCUUCAUGUUCAUCGGUUUUGUACUCAGCAACAUCGGCCACAUCCGACCCCAUCACACCAUCCUGGCCUUUGUUUCUGGAAUCUUCUUCAUCCUGUCAGGUCUCUCUCUGGUGGUCGGUCUGGUAUUGUACAUCUCCAAUAUUAAUGAUGAGAUGUUGAACAGAACCAAAACAAAUGAAGCCUAUUUCAGCUACAAGUACGGCUGGUCAUUUGCCUUUGCUGCCAUCUCCUUCCUGCUCACUGAGGCUGCAGGUGUCAUGUCAGUGUACCUGUUCAUGAAGCGCUACACAGCAGAGGAAAUGUACCGGCCUCAUCAGGGCUUCUACCGGCCUCGCCUCAGCAACUGCUCCGAUUACUCCGGCCAGUUCCUCCAUCCAGACGCCUGGGCCGGUCGUGGUCGCAGUGCCUCCUCCAUCUCCUCCGAGGCCUCGCUCCAGAUGAACGCCGCCAACUACCCUGCUCUCCUCAAGUGUCCAGAGUAUGAACAAGUGUCCUCCUCACCUUGCUGAGGCAGACCAUGAGUCAGCACCGCAGAGGUCAUUUAUAUCGAUCCCGAUAUUGGAGUAAAGUGGUGCAAUGAUUUGAUAUUAUCUUUAAUCGCACCCCUCUUCUCUCUACCCUCCUUACUGCCGAUUUCUUUGUUUACACUUUUUGCUUCUGUGGGGAGCAAAACCUAAGGUGAGGGUUAGCUGGUUCCCUUUACUCUCAGCUCAGUGUUGUCUCAUAGGGAGCUGUUAGAGAAUCAGAAGGGAAAGGGUUUGACCAGGUUGUACUUUUUUUCUGCCUUUUUCUCUAGUUGUUAGUGGUAGAAACUAGUAACCUGCUAAAGCAUAGGUAGGAAGAAGUCAUCUCAAAGCAGUAACUUGAGUAGCAGCAGGCACCUCCCUAUUUGCGUGUGUAGUACGGCCACAAUCCUGAUAGCUUUUGGGCUGAAGUACACGCUGAACUGGAUAGGCAAUGCUGUGCAAUGGAAUCAGAGUGCAGGUUUUUCUAAACCAAAUGCAAUUCCUUUCAGCCGUAAAAGCAGAAACUAGUUCAGAACACCCAGGUAAAGGAAGAACCUGCUUCAAAUAUGUAAUCAUAUAAGGUGGUUUGAGACACGUUUCCUGAGAUAGUAGCACACAUUUUGCAGACUUUAGAUUUAUAAGAUAAUGUUUGUCCCCAGCUGUUGUAGUGUGCACAAGGAAGUUUCACACACAUCCCCAGUGCUGGGAAAUAGCUUUUUUAAUAUUAUACUGUUGGUGUUUUCAGACACAUGAAACUGUUUCAGGCAUGUCCAUGUAAAGUCCUGUGCUAGAACUCAGAUUAGGCUAAUGAAACACAUUAUGAAUGUGAAUUUCAACUGUGAUCUUUUUUUUAACUAGUUAUUUUAAAAGAUUGAAGGGUUGUAUGAUAUCUUAGCAACUUGCUGAUCACACUGGCUUUCAAACAGAAGAACCUAUAUUCCUCCUGUAGGUCCUGCCAGUGCUUAUGUAGCCACAGGUGUUUUUCUUCACACUGAAACUGAAGGAUGGAAGACUGCUUUUUGGUUUUUACAUUUAUACAUGGUUGAAUUAUGUGAAAUGCUUCAUUAGGAAGCUUCAUUUCUUUCAGCAGUUAAGUAUAAUGAAGGUUUGUAUUAUAGGCUGCUAGUCCAGGCAUAAACGAUAUUGUUUUGAAGGCAUUCAUCUGAAUAUAAUAAAGGUUAUAUAGAUGGUAAUGUUUUAUUGUUUAUUCUUGUAGUUAAAACAAAUGCUUUAAUUGCAUAACACAAUAUCAAACAAUACAGAUAUAAAUAAACCUUUAUUCUCAGAGAACCUACAGUAUGUUUCCUCUUUUAAUGAUGUUCUGUUUAGUGGUGCAAUUGAAGACAAAGUGUAUCCAACCACAAUUCAUAAACAGGGACACUAGUUGUACAUUGCCAAUACUGUUCGUGUUGAACUUAAAAUCAUGACGUUUUUAUGCUUUGAUUAUAAGAGAAGGUCAAAGGGGGGAAGAUGGAGUUUCUGUGGAGAUGGAGAAUGUAAGUGAGUCUGGGUUUUUUCCGGUCUGGAGCCAUUGUGAAUGUAAGAUAUGAAACUGCUUACUCAUAUACUUUAAAAUACAUCUCCUAUACAUUAAACCGAGUUAUAGAUUUUUAUUUUUCUAAUCGCCCCCCUUUUGACAGAGUAUUCUCUGUUCCGUGACAAAAAUAUACAACUAUCGCCACUGUGCAGAGGAAGAAGUGUUUGCCAGGUUAAGUGGUUUAUUUAGUAUUGAAUAUAACCGUUUAUGCAGCAUUAAGUGUGAGUAAACAAAUGACAAAGCAUCUUAUCUUGUGCCAUAACUUCUCAUAUAUUAUAUCAUAUGUAAUUGUCAGUAUUUGUUGUUGCAUGGUGUGAACUCCACAUAUUAAUGGCAUGCAACAUUUAACAUGACACUUGACAAAAAAACUGUGCCAAGCCAUUCCCACACAUUUUGGUUUUAUUUAUUUUUAACACUGUAACUGGAACAUUUUCAGUGUGUAUAUAUAUAUUAAUUUUGUAUAUCAAGAAGGACCUCUAAAAUGACAGGUUUGUUGUUGGGUAGAUUCAUCUGCAUUAUAUCUGACAGCGGCUUGGCCGUCACAAUGAGAGUUUUGGCAUACGGUUCUACACACAGCAAAAGCAUUCAGACUGUCAUUGCCAGAUAUGAAAUGUAAAUAUCUGUAUUUUUCAAGAUGAGUGUUAUUCAUGUGAAAGUGCACCAUGUAUUCAACAAAAUAAAGG